GGUAUUGUGUGCGGCAAGUUCAAGACACAACUCGAAUUAUUUGGAAAUGCAUUAUGAUUUCUCCAUGAUAGUGCAUUUAACCUCGAUUUUUAAAUGACAUAGUUGGAUGGUUAUUUGGGUGUACGAUUUGUUAUGCACUUAAUGCCCGGGACGGUGCGGCAAAAUGUUAAGUGUGGACUCGUUGCAAGUUGCCGAGGAGGAGGUGGUGGAGUCCAGUUCAAACAGACUGGGGGACAUUUACGCUUUUGUGGCCGACGGCUGUUUUCCGCAAACGAUGAAUCCUAUUCGUAAGAAAAAUCUAAAAAGAUUUGCUCAAAAGUUUAUGAUUGAAGAUGGCCGGUUGUAUUAUGUUGGGCCAAAGAAAGAAGAAAAGCGUGAAGUAGUUAUUGAAGCUGAGCGGAAGAGACAUAUAUUCCUGGAGUGUCAUUUUAAUGACAUUGGCCAUCACCUGGGACAGAAGAAGACCGUUCACAGGAUUCAGAAUAAAUACUACUGGCUUGGCAUUGUCAAAGAUGUUGUGGAUUGGAUAAAAGUUUGUGAAACAUGUCAGCACACAGAGAGAAAUAAAAACUCGGCAAGAACAAUACGACCUAUCAAAGUGGAUGGUCCUUGGGAGAUUCUGGCCAUUGAAAUAAUGGGUCCAUUCCCAGGAACCAUACAUGGAGGGAAUACGCACAUUGUUAUCAUUACAGAUUACUAUAGUAAAUGGGUAGAGGCCUUUCCCAUACAAAAGAAAGAUGGGCUUUUUGUUGCAAGAUGCAUUUCAUCAUCAUUUUUUAGAUUUGGCCCUGCAAAGACAAUAUUUUGCUCUCAAUGCACUGACUUCUGUGAAGAGGUUACUAAGCAUCUCUCUGACAGGUGGAACAUAGCGACCAGGUUGUUGUCAGUAGACCAGCCCCAACGGAAUGCUCUAUUUGAUCGCAGCAGUCAUCUACUGAGGGACGCCAUAAAACAGAUGGUGGUAGAGAAACAGGUGGAGUGGGAUGAUUUUCUUGAUCCAGUUUUGGCGAUCUUUAGAACAUCAGUCAACCCUACGACAAAAUUCACAGCUCACUUUUUAAUGUUUAACAGAAAAGUCAGCAUGUCCAGUGAGAUUAAGUUUGAUCCUCUAAGUUUCAAUCAGGACCAGGAGGGAUUUACCCUUAAUGAAGAGGACACAAACUCUAUUAUUUCCUCAAUUCAGGAACAACAGAAUAAUGUCAAACAGAUGGUAAUUACAAAUAUGAAUGUUGCCUACAGACAGGAAAAGAAGAAUGCAAAACGCAAAGCUAAAAAUAUGCCCUCCAUGACUUUAAAUGUGACUGACCCAUUGUUCAGCACAGAGGACUUGCCUUCAGCAAAAAAACUUAAGGAAAGCCUCUAUCUGUCUUUUCCAGUCGAGACAGUUCUAACCACAGUCCAGAAUGUAGCAGAAGACAAAAAAAUUGGUUUAGAAUAUCCUCUAACAGACACUGAACCGCACUGAUUUUAUAAAGCACUUAUUUACAGGUUCAGAAAGUGUGUAUGUAUAGACCCCUUUUGAGCUGACGUCACGAUCAUGUCAGGGCUUUAGCUGGAGGCAAAAUAAAGGGAAAACUGGAGGUGGCCAAUUCAAAUCCGCACAGAGUCGGCUACAUAGUAAAGGGUCUAAUCUGACAUUUUAAUUCAUACCAUUGCUAGAAAAAACGACGACAGUUGUAGUUAAACAAUAAAACUAGCGGACUUCACAGAAACGAUCACCAAAGAUGCUUGCAUUUACAGCUCACACAUUAUAUCCCUUAAUAAACUAUUGUCUUUUGUUGGUAUGGAUUAUAGUUUGGGUAUGUGUCUAAAAACGUCUCAUGAAACCCCACCUAAUCAGGACCCAAAGAACAAGUGAAAUUAUUUUUCAGGGAACGGUAACCUUUUUUUUGCGCAUAUACAAGCUAAAUUUGUUAAUUGUACAACUUGCAGUUAGCCAACCACUGGAGAUUAAACAUAAACAAAACUGUUUGUCGUCACUGUAUCUACAGAAUUCAUAAGUGUAUAUAGAAACCCGGGAGAGGGAAAAGUGAGAAUGGCUCAUGUUAUGUGUCAGGUGUUUGUUGAAGCUGCAUUUGCUAAUGUUUGCCACUGUUAGUACAUAGGCAUCUACAUUUACAUUUAGACAUUUAGCAGACGCUUUUAUCCAAAGCGACUUACAAAGAGUUUAGGAGCAAUAAGCGAUAGUUCAUACAGGAGCCAUAAUACAUUCGGUGCCAAUACAAAGUUACUGGUUUCAACAAAAACUAGAGCACUACCUGUUGAGAGAAAGGGUUAGUGUAUUUUUUUUUCUUUUUUUCAUUUGUUUGUCAAGUAUUCACAGAAGAGAUGGGUUUUAAGUAGUUUUUUUAAAUGUUGUGAGAGAUGUGGUUGAACGGACAGAGAUAUCUUGACGAUACACGCUUGACUUCUUUCUCUAUGUGGUAUGUGUGGAUGUCAGACCACUUAACUGGAGUUAACGUAAUCCUGACAGUUCGUCCAUCCAGUGAGUGAGCGUGUACAGCUCGGCCGAUCUGAUUCCUUCCGUUAAAGUUCACUUUUUCAACAACAGUCACAGUUCUGGGCUGUGACUGACCUUACAUAUCCAAGUUAAAUCGGAUUCUCUCCAGUUAUUGUUAAAAAUAUAUAAAUGUGCUCGCUAGCAUUAAUAAAGCUGCUAAGGUGAAUCUUUCUGCCUCCACCUAUGGUCCGCCCACAAAAACGUGUCACUAUGUUUACUGACAAAAAAGGGGUCUAUAGUCUCCAGCUUUCUUCAGAUGUCUGCAUGUUCACAAAGCAAGUGGAUGCAUAAGUGGUCCCCUUAGGCAUUUUUCACAUAGCUGUGGAACUAUUACAUGAACUUAUAUCAAUUCCUGGUAAAACUUGAAUUAGUUCCUAUGGUGGAUAAAUGCCUUUUCUAUCCCAAAAUGUAGCAAGAUUAAACAAAUGUUUCUCAAAUGUAAGCAUUCAAUCAAACGUAUUGAGGUCUCAAGUUUUGCUUGCUUUUGUG